AACAUGAACAUGACUAUGCAGGAGAUGAGUUUUCACUGGAGCAAAACGGCCACUGUCUUGUUCUCAGGCUGGCCUGGAGAAAGCCUCCCCAGGUACAUCUGGUCUCUGCUGUUUGUCUUUAUGAUGGCCGCCGUCGUCGAGUUACUGUCCAUCCCUGCAGCCGUCGACAAAGGCACUGGCACAGUUCCUACUCUGGCUGCAUACAGCCGGGCCUUUGUCUAUGCUAUUCGCAUUGGCUUGUCUUACUUAGUCAUGCUCUCUCUCAUGUCCUUCAACGGCGGAAUCUUCGCCGCCGCCGUCGCCGGUCAUGUCGUCGGGUUCUUCAUAGUCAAGGCACGCGCUCUUAGGCGGUCUAACCAUAACCAAGAAGAGGACCUUGAAUCCCAUGUUUGAUUUUACCUUUCUUGACAAUAUAUGGCUUGUGCUUUCUGUCUUUUUUUUUUCUUUGUUUAUAAAUGUGAAGAAAAUGAAACCUACAAUUUGUUUACAAGCAUUGAAAAAAUGUUGCCUUCAUGUGUGAAUUGUGAUGGUUUCAGCUGAUAUG